AUAGAAUUAGUAAGUGAAGCACUGGUAGAUCAUAAGCUUUAUAUUGAAGUAUUACAAAAAAAAUCUGGAACACCCCAAAAAAGUAACAUUGUACAAACUGAAAAUCAACAGAUAAACUACCUUGAAAAGAUAGUAAAGCAACUUGUAAGUACAGUGAAUAAGCAUAACCAACACAUUAAAGAUCUUGAACAAGAAAAUAAGGAUCUAAAAAGAAAAUCAAAUGAUCUUUAA